UCAUCCGCCCUCCUUCCACUCACCACCAGAGCUUCAACCUACACCGACUUCAUGACUAUUCCGCACACCCAACUCACAAGUCGAUGCAUCGCUCAGCGCAGCUUUGAAGUGCUCGACAAAGGCUAACAUUCGCUUUCCAAGGUUCCGCCAGCUCCUCCGCCUAACCUGCAGGGACAAUGAGCUAUAAUCAAGGCCAGCCCCAGUUGGGCGCAACUUUUGUCCCUGGCGGCUUUGACGACUACUAUAUGCCCGCUCCGUCGCCAGAGGUCAUUUCUCCAGCCCCUCAGCGGUCAGUAUUAGACUCAAUCGGGCCCCUUUGUCGUGGUUUAGCCGAAGAGAUGCUGACAGCCUACGCGGCCUAAUAGAAUCAUGCCAGAGGUGCCCGAACACAUGCAGGAAAACAUCACACACCUGGAGCUGGAAGCAAACGCUCCUCGAGCGCCCAUGUCGCCGCCCGCUCAAGCUGGCCUUCAGGCUGAGCAGCGUUUCCCUCCGCGGUCAACGAGCUUCCAGCAUGAGCAACCUCCGCACGACGCCCAAGCCGGCAACUGGCCUGCGCGACACCAGAGCAUAUCUUCCACCUUCAAGCAACCCCCGACGGUACAACCGCAGACCAUCCAACAAGACGCUUCGCACGACUACAGUCAGUUUGGAGGAAACUCGGACAUUCCAAACUUCUCCGUAUUUCCCAAGCUGCCCAACCGGCCCCCAAAUGUUCCACCAUCAGACGAUGAGAAGGAGGCUGUCUUGGAGAAUGCGCGGUUGCCCGUACUCAACUCCAAUGACCCGGAGAUGCAGUUGGCAUGGGCUCAGGAUGCGCUGCAAUACGUCGACAUAGCAAUGCUACAGGAGCAGCGACUGGCCGAGUCGCAGCCGGCACGGCCCGUCACACCACAAGUGGAGCACCAACUCAGGGUCGACGCUAUGAACGUGGUGCAAUUCUUAGCGGACCAGCAUCACCCCAAAGCCGAGUUUCUAAGAGGGACGUGGUUGGAGUUUGGCAAGUUCGGACUAAGGGUCGAUAAAAAGGAGGCCUUCAGGUGCUACUCAAGAGCUGCGUCCAAGGGCUAUGCAAGAGCCGAGUAUCGAAUGGGUAUGGCGUACGAGCAAUCGCAAGAUCCGAUCAAGGCUCUCCAGCACUACAAACGCGGUUCCGAAGCGGGAGACUCGGCCUCCAACUAUCGCCUCGGGAUGAUGACGCUGCUAGGGCAACACGGGCAGCCUCAAGACUUUGCCAAGGGAGUUCAGUUGAUCAAACAGGCGGCCGAAACGGCGGAUGAGAAUGCCCCCCAAGGAGCUUACGUAUUGGGGAUGCUCUACGCUCGCGAGCUGCCCCAGAUCAACGUUCCCGAGAUCUACCUUCCGUACGACGAGCAGGCCGCCAAACAGAACAUCGAGAAGGCAGCAUACCUUGGGUUUGCCAAGGCGCAGGUCAAGAUGGGUUCGGCGUAUGAGCUCUGCAGUCUGGGCUGUGAGUUCAGUCCAAUUCUGUCACUGCAUUACAAUGCGUUGGCUUCCCGCCAGGGAGAACCUGAAGCAGAUAUGGCUAUCAGCAAAUGGUUCUUGUGUGGCUACGACGGUGAAUUUGCAAAGAACGAAGAGUUGGCCUACGAGUAUGCGCGGCGAGCAGCACUCGCAGGUCUCCCUACAGCAGAGUUCGCGAUGGGAUACUUCAACGAGAUUGGCAUGCAUAUCCCCGUAAACAUUGAAAAGGCGCUGGAAUGGUACGAAAAGGCGGCAAAGAAUGGGAACAAGGACGCUGUCGGCCGCAUCGAAAGCAUUUCCAAAUCAAACCGCACCUUGUCCAAGACAGAUCACGAGAAGGUUGCCAUCAACAGAAUCAAGUCCCAACAUGGCUCCAUGCGCGGGCAACGUCCAGCGAGAUUGCAGAAGAUGGCUGCACCCGCUCUCCCCACCGUCGCAGACGAGUAUGGGGAAAGGUCACCUACGAGGCCCGACCGCGGGACUACGCCCUAUCCGAUUUCUGACCAGCCGCCCAUCAUAAAUGCGUCGGCACCACUGGAUCGACCAGCCACAGCAGCACCCUAUCCUCUUGACAACGGACCGCCCCGAGUCGGAAGUGCUAGACCGCCCAUGGCGGGUGGCUUUGCGCCAGAGCUCAGGUCCGCCUCCACACGACCGCCUCCCGGUCCUGCGUUCAACAUCCAUCCAAGUGUAUACGGACCCAAUGAUCCAUAUGGACGUGGGCAACCGCCGCCUCAAGGGCCAGGCAAUAUGGGAGCUCUACCUCUGCGGCCUCACACAAGCAUGGACGAGAUGGGCCAGGGACGGGGACGCAUUCCCAGCGGCGGACGGACUCCAGGAGGCGGACCUCCGCCAGGUCCUGGUGCCUACAGGCAGCCCGGCGGACCCGGAAUACAGCGACCAGAGGCAUACGAUAGACCGCCAACAGUGCAACCCGUCGAUAUCGGCUACGUCGCGCCAGACGGGCGCAACAGGCUUCAGAAGCAAGGCGGCCCGCCACCCGGAAAGCAACCCAUACUCCCCGACGUCGGAUACGUCGCCCCGUUGGAACCACGUCAACACACCCGACCCUCGACGGUACAGCCUGGCCAAGAGAGCAGAACAUCCUCACGUCCGGACCGACCUUCCACCGCUGCACCGGGGCCGGGGCCAGGACUUUCUCCUUCCGGACGCCCAUCGAGGGAUCCGUCGCCACAGACGCCACAGGCGGGAGGGGCUCAGAGACCACCGCCGCUCAAGCAGCAACAACCGCAAGGACAGGCACAAGGUGGUAAGCCAGCAGGUCCGAAACCGGCAGCGCCGACGACGCCUGGAAAGGGCCCCAAGACUUUCGACGAGAUGGGCAUUGGGGCACCGCCCAAGGAGAGUGAUUGCGUUGUGAUGUAAAUAAGAGCAUUCCGGACUUUUGGAACGAUGUGCAUCGUAGUGUAUUUCCGGCAAUUUGCCUUCGCAUAACAUCGGCGGCUUUGGGAAGUGGUUUGGGGGCUGUCUUGCAUAAUCAUCUUCGAAUUUUUUUUUCUUCUGAUUGACAAUCUUGAAGCUUAUACC